CGUCAGGACCUCGUUCGCGCUUAUAAAUAUUUACAAAAACACCCGCUCUUCUUCCUCUCAGCCGCUCUAGUUACCCUGCGCCCAUGGUUUCCCUUAUCCUGCGCACCCCAUCAAGCUCCCAUUCCGGCCCUCGGUUGCGUAUAAAUACUCGCGAAUCGCAGCAGUGAAGCCACGAUCAUGCCGGAUCUUUCGAUCUGCAACAGCGGCCGAGAUUCCUUCGAAUUUGCAUUUUUUCGCAGGUGAAACGACGCGGUUUUGAGGGUUUUCUUCGAGAAUGGAGUCUGCGAUGGCUCUGAGCACGCAAUCCUGUACGUUGAUUGGCUACGAGAAGGCUGGGCGGAGUUCGCACAGUUCCCUGCGGUUUUCUCGAAUGCAUGCAGAAGGAAGGACUCUUCAGAAGCUUAAUUUGCGGGAUUCGAGGCCAAGCUGCGGUUCGAUUAGGUCUAGACAUGUGGCGCGCCUGGAGAUAUCUUGUUCUUACAAAAAUUCAUCAGCUUCAGCAUUGGACUCAGAGAACUCUCAUGCUACUGUUGAUGAAGCUUUGAUCCUAAAGAAGAAGUCACAAGAGGUCGCUCCAUACGUGAACGGACGGUGCAUAUAUCUUGUUGGAAUGAUGGGCUCUGGGAAAACUACAGUGGGGAAGAUUUUAUCUGAAGUACUUGGUUAUUCUUUUUUCGAUAGCGACAAACUGGUGGAGCAGGCUGUCGGUGUAGUUUCUGUGGCUCAGAUUUUUAAAGAACAUAGCGAGGCUUUUUUUAGAGAUAAUGAGAGUAAGGUAUUACGGGACUUGUCUUUAAUGCACCGACUAGUCGUAGCAACUGGAGGUGGUGCUGUGAUUCGCCCAAUCAACUGGAGGUUUAUGAAGCAGGGUAUUACUGUCUGGUUAGACGUGCCUUUGGAAGCUUUGGCAAGGCGGAUUGCAGCUGUAGGGACUGAUUCCCGUCCUCUUUUGCACCAAGAAUCGGGUGAUCCUUACACAAAGGCUUUCAUGCGGCUUAGUACACUUUCUGAAGAAAGGGGUGACAUGUAUGCCAAUGCACACUCUAGAGUUUCCCUCCAAUAUAUUGCAGACAAACAGGGCCAUGGGGAUGCUUCCAUUCUCACACCAACUGCUAUUGCAAUUGAGGCACUUGUGCAGAUUGAGAACUUUCUAAAUGACACUGGGUCCAAUGGAAAAUGCCUCUAGCUCCAGAAAUACACUCGAAUACGAGUCCCUGGUGUGUUUCCAUUGCAUGUAAUUUUUAUUUUCUGCUUAUUCUAUUAAUUCAAGAACUAUUUGUUCCAAAUUUAUCUGUCUUUUCCUGGUGUGACUUCUGUAUAUAUGAAGGAAUUUAGCAGAACAAAAUUCAAUUAAUUUGGGUAUGCUUUCAUCUGCA